UAUCCCUGAAACGACAUCGUUUAAAGUUUCUUCUUUCUUCGCUUCUGUAGUAGCGAUUACUGAUUGUCGGAAACAAACCCUAAUCAAUUCGUCUGCCUCCUCCUGCUCCUUGCGGGAAACACUCACUAAUCGUUUCUUCAUUCCCACGCGAGCUAACGGAGCAUCAAAGUUGAGCUCUCGUGACAAAAAAAAAAAAAAACAGAGAGAGAGAGAGAGAGAUGAAGAUUGCUAUUGAAGGGUGUAUGCACGGAGACCUUGAAAAUGUGUACAAGACCAUUCAACAUCACGAACAGAUUCACAACACUAAAGUCGAUCUCCUCCUCUGCUGCGGCGAUUUCCAGGCUGUGAGAAAUGAGAAAGACAUGGAUAGCCUUAGCGUACCUAUAAAAUACAGAGAGAUGAAGUCCUUCUGGAAGUACUACUCCGGCCAAGAAGUUGCCCCUGUUCCCACUAUCUUCAUCGGUGGGAAUCACGAGGCUUCCAACUACUUGUGGGAACUGUAUUAUGGGGGUUGGGCUGCCACCAACAUCUACUUUCUAGGUUAUGCAGGGGUUGUCAAGUUUGGUAAUCUCCGAAUUGGAGGCCUUUCUGGUAUUUACAAGGGGAGAGAUUACCGUUUAGGACACUUUGAGCGGCCGCCAUAUAACAAUAGCACAAUCAAAUCGGUGUAUCAUGUUCGUGAGUAUGAUGUCCAUAAGCUGAUGCAACUCGAAGAGCCGCUUGAUAUAUUCCUCUCACACGACUGGCCUGUUGGAAUCACUGAUUAUGGAGACUCGAGAACGCUUAUUCAGCAGAAACCAUACUUCCAGGAAGAGAUCGAGGCGAAAACUCUUGGAAGCAAACCAGCGGCUCAACUGCUAGAGAAACUGAAGCCUCGGUAUUGGUUUUCAGCUCACUUACACUGCAAAUUCGCUGCUUCUGUUCAACAUGGCAACGAUGGCUCAGUGACAAAGUUUCUUGCCUUGGAUAAAUGCGGUCCAGGGAAAAAGUUUCUUCAGAUCAUUGAUAUAGAAUCAGAGCCUGGACCUUUUGAAGUUCUAUACGAUGAAGAGUGGCUAGCAAUAACACGAAAGUUCAAUUCUGUUUUCCCGCUAACACAGAGACCAGCGAGUUUCAGCUCUGCUGACAUGGAUAUGCAAGAGAGCCGAGAGUGGGUGAGGAAGAAGCUAGAAGAAAGGCAAUUUAAACCUUUCGAGUUUGUAAAGACGGCCCCUGCAUAUAACCCUUCACAGCGUAUCUUUGAUCCCAUACCUGAGAUCCCGCAGAAUCCUCAGACACUGUCUUUGUUAGAGCUCCUUGGUCUUCCAUAUCUCCUUGAUUCACCACCAGUAACAGGUGAAAGAACCACCAUCCCUGCUUCACCGGCUCGAACAGAUUUUCAAACUUAUAGUGAAGAAAUCCCUAUUGAUGAUAUUGAUGAAGUUGAAGAUAUACCAGAAGCGAAAGGAGAUAACUUACCACACUAAUAGUGAUUUUGUGAUCAGAAAAUAUAGUAGUUUUAUGAUUUAUGAUCCUACAUGUUUUAUUAGUUUUUAACUUUUAUUUAUGAUGGAAAAAUAAAGUGAACUAUUAACUAUUUCUAUUCUUAUUUCUUUAUCUAAUUAUAAUUCAUUUUUUA